AUGGCUUCUGCAAUUUUUACUCCCAAUUCAUAUUUGUCUUCUACGUCAUCUAAGCCCUCUAUUUGUGCUUUCUCAAAUUCAGCAAUUAUAAUCCCCAAAUAUGUGAAUUUUCAGUAUUUGAAAUGCAUUCCUCAACUGAGUGCUGGUCACUUUUCUCCUUGGAACGGUCUUAAGAAUCUGGGCAUCUCAAUCUCGCAACGUUCUGUUAAAAUAGAAAGAAAGGGCAAAUGUAGAGGUAAGGGAGCGUAUGCAUCUCUAUUUGGAGUUGGGGCUCCUGAGGCUCUGGUCAUUGGAGUGGUGGCUUUGUUAGUUUUUGGGCCGAAGGGUCUUGCUGAGGUUGCUCGUAACCUGGGGAAAACUUUACGGGCAUUCCAACCUACAAUUAGAGAACUUCAGGAAGUUUCAAGAGAAUUUAAAAGCACACUUGAACGAGAAAUUGGUCUUGAUGAAACUGAAAAUCCAGUGAGAAAGAGUCCAUCAUCAAAUGCUAAAUCCGAAGACUCAGAAUUGAAUGUUGACCCCAAUGGUUCUCCCCCCGAACCCGAGGAUCCCUUAGCAGUGCAACUGAGAAAUACUCUUGCUCAGCUACAGAAAGAGCAAUCUGAGGCCGAGUCUCAAGAUACUGCACAAGAAGUUGCUUCAAAAAUACCUCCGACUGAAAGCCCCGAAAAUAAUGCUGUUGAAGAGGCUCCAUCAGCAGUGGAACCCCCACCAGAGCCUGAAAAUAUUGCUGUUCAAGAAGUUGCAUCAGCAGUAGUUCAGCCAGUGAAGCCCAAAAGCAAUGAACUUCAAGAAGUUGCACCAUCAGUAGCUCAGCCAGUGAAGCCCGAAAGCAAUGAACUUCAAGAAGUUGCACCAUCAGUAGCUCAGUCAGUGAAGCCUGAAAUCAAUGAACUUCAAGAAGUUGCUUCUGCAGUGGCUCCUCCUUCAAAGCCCGAAAACGAGACAUGA